UUUUAAUUUUUAUUUGUCCCGCCUUGUACAUUAUUUUUUAAAUUAUAAACCCAAAUAUAUUUUUAAAAUACUCUAUGGAUAGACUUUUCCAUCCACAGUCUCAACUUCUCGAUCUUCUUUCGCAAAACACACCAAAGAAUGACAAAGAUUCACCUAGGUUUCACAAUCUUGAUAAGGUCCCAGAUGACCCAUUCAAAACCAAAUUAAGACUCGAUCAAUCAGAAAAUCACACCUUAGGUGUUGUUUGUUUACCAGAUAAUGCACAAGGACUGAAAUUUGCAUCAUUCAAUCCAGUUAAUCCUUCUUCUACAUUUGAUGAUGAGAGUAUUAUUUGGAAAUCUUCACUGAUUGAUAAUACUUUGAGUCGACAAUUUAGGUCUAAAAAAUGCCAAGUUGACACCGACUGUUAUUUUAUGGUUGUAGAACACAAGGUGGAUAACACAUUUUUGGUUUCUCCUGUAUCGAAUUAUUUUAUUUUUGAUUCAUAUGUCCCACCCAAAUCAAAUGAACCUCAACCCAGCAAAGCUGAUAACGUCCAAGAGAGGCUUAACAAAAUGACUAGAGCUUCUGAUGAAGAUAGACCUAAACCUGAUGAUAAACAAUUACCUAAAAAAAGAAAAUUGUCCAAUGUCGACAAAACCAACUUGGGCUGGGAUUAUGAAAAUGAGGAGCUAAGUGACGAUGAAAACGUAUACAUGACUAAUCGCACUAAUUAUGCUGAAGAGGAUCCCUUUUAUGACAAAAGCUUAACGUCAUACGGAGAGAGUCUGAAGAGUAUGUUAAUACUACAAAAGGAACAGGAAGUGGACGAGGAGCUAAAGGAAUACUCAGAUGAUGAGGACAGCUCCUCUCAGGUUUCAGUUUCAUCCAAAGUUAGAGCUGAACCUGCCAAAAGUACUCAACCUAAAGAACUAACCUUUGAAGAUAAAGUACUCUUAUUCCUCAAAGAUAAUAACAAUAAAGUUACAGUUAAGUCUAUUUUGGAACAUUUUAAUAUCAAGGAAAAAAACGAAAAUUUUAGAAAAUUACAGAAUGUUAUUCAAACCAAAUGCUCAAUGACCUCUGAGCAGAAGGACGGCAAAAUGGUUAAAUUUAUAUCACUAAAACCUAAAUAA